GGCAAGUGAUUGUGUUGUGUGUUAUGUAAUUAAAGUAGAAGUGCUUAGUGCGCGCACGCGCUCUCGUGAUUUUAUUAUCGGUAUCAAAAUAUUAAAAAUUCCACUUUUACAACGCACUAAAGUUUUUUGAGUGAUAGAUUUCAGAGAAAAUUUCAUUGAGAAAUCGGUAGCGGGACGUAUUGUAUUGAUACCAGUUUCUUUGUAAAUUAAAAAGUAUUGUUUGCAAAACGAAAUUAAAGUGUAACUCCUAGCCUCCUAGGAUAGUGUGUGCUGUGUGUAGUGUGAGCGGCAAAGUGCAUGUGCAAGUGCCGAGUGCGGGGCCGGGCCCGGGCCGGAGUCCAGGGGGCAGCAUGAGCUAGCCGGCUGGCGGCCGACUGGACAUGUUGCGCGAGCGGGCGUGUGCGGCGGACUCGCGCGGCUGCGUGUCGCUGCAGCAGGUGCUAGCUGCGUUCUCGGCCGGCGUGACCGAGCAGCACGCCUGGGCGCUGCUGUACCAGGCGGCGCGCUGCUUCCAGCGGGAGUGGACGGCCUGCGGGGGUGGCGGGAGCGCGCUGCGCCUGCCACUCACCGCUGAUCACCUGCUGCUGCACCGCGACGGCGACGUGCACGCAGACUCGCUGCGGCCGACACUCGCCUCAGAUGAGAGCAGGCCGAGGGUGUCGUCGGAACACGAGCUGGUGAAGGCGCUGGGCUUGCUGGUGUUCGAGGCGCUGGACUUCGCGCAGGAUGACGACGAGGAGCGGCUCAUGUCGCCCGAGCUGGAGCGGCUCAUCGGAGAGAUGACCAGCACCUCGGAGACAGAUGGCAAUGAGGAGCAGGACGACGACUCCGAGGGCGAGGGAGCGCGCACGGACACCGACGACGAGGGCAUCGAGCGCGACGCCGACCCGACGCCUCGCGCCGCGCGGGCCCGCCGGCGGCCGCCCGCACCGCGGCUCGCUGAUAUCGUGCAGCGCUGCGGGCGGCAGGGCGGCGGCGGGCGAGCGGCCGAGGGUCACUACCGCGCCGUGGUCCGCGCGCUGCUGGCGGAGGCCCGCGAGCUGGCCUCGUUCCUGGAGCGCGUGCGGGACGCGGCGGCCGCGCAGGACCUGGGCGCGCCCGCGGCCACGCAGCACCAGCUGCGGCGUCUGCACUUCUCCGACUGGGCGCGGUUCUGGAUGCAAGUGAUCGGCGAGCUACGGAUGGGGGUCCAGCUGAAGAAGGUGAACUACUCGCGGACGCCCAUCGAAUACGAGAUGACUCCCUACGAGAUCCUCAUGGACGACAUCCGCUCCCGCCGGUACACGCUGCGCAAGGUGGACGCUGCGAUACCACACAAUGUGAAAAAGGACGCGCACGCAAUGAUACUGGAGUUCAUCCGGAGCAGACCGCCGCUCAGAAAGGCCUCGGAGCGCAAGCUGCCGCCGGCGCGGCGCGAGGCGACGCCGCGGGAGCUGCUGCUGCAGUCCAUCCAGCGAGGCCGGCCGCUGCGGUCCGCGCGCUCCGCUCGCGCCACGCGCCACGCCGCCACCUCCAGCCAGCCUCCUGUCUAUCAAGUGUUCUGUCCUGUCCUGAACCCUGAUCCUUCUAUCCGUCUCCACACUUGAUCGAAUAUUUAUAUGUAAUUUAUAACUGUAUCUUGAUUAUUUUUAAAUUUAAUAAAUUCGAAAUUAUUGUAUUAUGUUGCUGUUAUUAUUUUUUCGUGUUUUGUAGAAUUUAGAUGCAUGAAAUAACUUUUUUCAUCACUACUAAUAGCCUAAGAUCCCACCGCUCGAUUCUGCAGGUACGUGUUUUUUUUUUAUUAAAGUAAUUUUAAAUGAACGUUUAGGGAGGAAGCAAUGUAUUAGCCAUAGGGUGCUUAUAAAAA